AAAAUAACUAAACUAUAUACCCUCGCUAAACUCUCGAUCAUUGGUCUCGAGCUGCACACUAUCUAUUCCAACCACGCGCACACCUUCAGAGACCAACAACCAUCGAGCUUCGAAGCGAUCAUCAUCCAUGGCGGAUCUCCAGUGGAGUUCGUUCCUCUCCAAGCUGAUGAGCAAGAGAAGGACUUGGGUAACCCUCUUCCUCAUCGUCUACAUCCUCCUUCUCUCCUCUUCCUGGAACCUCAUCAUCUCCAUCCGAUCCUGGUACAACGCUUCCAUCUCUCCCUCAACACAGCGCCCGAACCCUUCAAUUUGGCCCACGAUCUACGCCUCGUUGCUCUACGGAGGGGUUUUCGGUUUGCUCGCCAUGGGGGCGGCGUUGGCCGUGGCGGUGCCGGCGACGUUGGUGACGUGGAUCACGGUGCUGGUGUUGCUGGCGUUCACUGGGAAGCCGAGGCGGGCGUUGGUGAGGGAGGGGCGGAGGAUCACGGCGGAUAUCAUGGGGUUUGCGUUCAUGGUGUUGAUCAGAGAGGGGAAUCUCGCGGCGGCCGUGUGCGCAGCGUUGAGCUUCUUUGCGCUUUUGAUUCGAAGGCGUGGAGAAGAUGAAAGGGGGAUUUAGGGUUCUAAUUUUUAGGGGGGUUUUUUUCCCUUUUUUUUUUUUGGGAAUUUUUGUGGAUUUUGUUACUGUUGUAUUUAUAUUUAUAUUUAUUUUUUUAUUUUGUAUUUUUUUAAG